AAAACACGCACAAAGUUUUAGAAGAAACCAACCAAAGAAACAUCGCUCCCCUUUCCUCUCCCCAUUAAUAAUAUAAUAAAAAAUAAAAACCGCGAAGUCGUCGCCAACCGAUCCUCCUCUUGUCCUCGCUGUUCCCUGAAAUCACUUUAUUCUUCCAUCUUCAUCGCCACUCUCUCUCUCUCUCUCUCUCUCGCGUACACUUCGCAGUCCUUUCUUUUCCGAUCUUCUUCGAAUCGGUGUUUCAGGCUUAAGAGUUAGAGAGCGAAGAUGAGUAGCUCCAACAACGACCAGAACAAGGACCAGAACAAGGGCUUCUUCUCCGCCAUGACCUCUGGCUUCUCCAUGUUCGGUAACGCCAUGCACCGAUCCGUCAACGGGUUGCUUGGUUAUGAAGGGGUAGAAGUGAUCAAUCCAGAGGGAGGCAAAGAAGACGCGGAGGAGGAAGCUCAGAGAGGAAGAUGGAAACAAGAGGAUAGAGACAGUUACUGGAAAAUGAUGCACGAAUAUAUAGGCUCGGACAUCACAUCGGUGGCCACACUUCCUGUCCUCGUUUUUGAGCCAAUGACUAUGCUUCAAAAAAUGGCAGAGUUAAUGGAGUACUCCUACUUGUUAGAUCGGGCAGAUGAAUGUGAGGAUCCUUAUAUGCGAUUAGUUUAUGCAUCAUCGUGGGCUAUAUCUGUCUACUUUGCCUAUCAACGAACUUGGAAGCCUUUUAAUCCUAUUCUUGGGGAGACUUACGAAAUGGCCAAUCAUGGAGGGAUUUCAUUUAUCUCAGAGCAGGUGAGUCAUCAUCCCCCAAUGAGUGCUGGGCAUGCUGAAAAUGAGCAUUUUACUUAUGAUGUGACGUCAAAGCUUAAAACUAAAUUCUUAGGAAAUUCUCUUGAUGUUUACCCUCUUGGAAGAACGCGUGUCACCCUUAAAAAGGAUGGUGUGGUCUUAGAUUUGGUGCCACCUCCUACAAAGGUUAAUAAUCUGAUUUUUGGCCGUACGUGGGUAGAUUCACCAGGGGAGAUGAUUAUGACAAAUUUGACUACUGGAGACAAAGUUGUUUUAUACUUUCAACCAUGUGGCUGGUUUGGAGCUGGUCGCUACGAGGUGGAUGGCUAUGUGUAUAGUGCUGCUGAGGAACCUAAAGUGUUGAUGACAGGGAAAUGGAAUGAGUCACUGAGUUAUCAACCGUGUGACGUGGAAGGGGAGCCUCUUCCAGGCACUGAACUGAAAGAGGUUUGGCAUGUUGCUGAUAUUCCAGAGAAGGACAAAUUUCAAUACACACACUUUGCACAUAAAAUAAACAGUUUUGACACUGCUCCUAGAAAGUUGUUGGCAUCAGAUUCUCGUUUGCGCCCUGAUAGAUGUGCACUUGAAAGGGGUGAUCUAUCUAAAGCUGGUGCAGAAAAGAGCAGUUUGGAGGAGAGGCAGCGAGCAGAAAAGAGAAACCGAGAGGCCAAGGGACAUCAGUUUACACCAAGAUGGUUUGAUUUAACUGAUGAGAUCACAUCUACACCUUGGGGUGAUUUGGAAGUCUACAGAUACAAUGGUAAAUACACGGAACAUCGGGCUGCUGUAGAUAGCUCAGAUAGCAUCAAUGAGGUUGAUGUUAGAUCAACAGAGUUCAGCCCAUGGCAGUUUGGUAACUUGUCUGCUGAAUGAGGUACUCUCAUUCUAUGUUUGCCUGUCUGAAGUCUGCAGUUAGUUGAUGGAACUCUUUUGGUGUGAUAUUGGAAUAUCCAUUGUUUGUUGGCAUGUUUACAUUGUAUCACUGUUUUAUAUUUCCUUAAUUGAUCCUAGCUCUUUUACAGAAAUAUUUACUUGUUCCACCUUUAUAAGGAAACCCUUUUGGUAGUUCAUGAAAUAUUAGUUAUCUUUGGACCUUCCCAUAGUCAAUGAAGUUGGACUUCUAUCCCCAAGCUUUUAGUGAAGGCCAGUAGACUUUACGAGCUCUGUUAGUUGGCCCAUUACUUGUAUAAAUUUCUGUCAUUCAAAAACUUAACAUAGUUUGUUGUCUUACUGUUAUGAUUUACAAAAUUUGUUACCUUGUAGUACUGUUACAAAUGGCUAUUGAAUUUUAAACUUGCCUCCCA